CAAAACGACAGCAGACGUUCAUUUCGUUCCGGAGAGAGUGGCUUCCGUCAUGAGACCCACCAAGUGGGGUUGGGAGUUGGGAAGCACAGGACCACUUGGGUUUUUUCUUUUUUUAAAGAAAAUGGGGAGAGGAAAGAUUGUCAUCAAAAGGAUUGACAACUCGACUAGCAGGCAAGUGACUUUCUCCAAGCGAAGAAAUGGGUUGCUCAAGAAGGCCCGUGAGCUUUCCAUCCUUUGCGAUGCAGAAGUUGGACUUAUUGUCUUCUCCAGCACCGGCAGGCUCUACGAUUUUGCCAGCUCUAGCAUGAAAUCUGUUAUUGAACGAUACAACAACGUAAAAGAGGAACACCAUCGGCUGCUGGAUCCUGCUUCGCAAGUUAAGUUUUGGCAAAGGGAAGCAACAAGCUUGAGGCAGCAACUGCAAUAUGUGCAAGAAUGCAACAGACAUCUAAUGGGCCAGGAACUUUCUGGUUUGAGUAUCAAAGAUCUACAAUAUUUUGAAAACGUACUCGAAAUGAGUUUGAAGGGUAUCCGUAUGAGAAAGGAACAAAUUUUCAUUGAAGAAAUAAAAGAACUAAACCAGAAGGGAAACCUUACCCAUCAAGAAAACCUUGAUUUGCAUAAAAAGGUAGACAUAUUUCAUAAAGAAAAGGCAGAGCUGCAAAAUAAGGUCUACAAAGAAAGAGAAGUAAAUGAAGCAAGAAGAAGUUCACAUCCUCUACAAACUAUCAACAAUGGAUAUGACAUUCAUGCAGCCAUCCAUCUCCAGCUAAGCCAACCUCAAUCUCAACAUAAUGAAGCACAAGCAAAAGGACCAAAAUUGGGACUACAAUUGCAAUAAUGAAGUUGGUCAACAACUGGGGAUGACUGUCCAUCAUUAUCCCAUCAACAACUUGCUACAAUGGAAAAUUAAGCUUCUACCAAUGAGGUCUAAUAUUUCAGCUAUUGGUAAAAUACAUUCACCAUAGUAAAAUUUGGAUUUGAUAUGCAAUUUUCUAUGAGGAAAACUUAAAAAUUUGUCUAAGAUCAUCCUUUCUAUGUUAAUUUAUACAAUAAAGUGUCAUGUGUUUCACCUGCUUGUUAGUUGUAGAUUCAACUAAUCUUUGGUUUAUGAA